UUCCUCAGGUUCCCAUCCUCUCACAAACGAUGUGAAGGCUGAUCUUGUUGGAAAAGAAGAGCCUGGUUACACUUAGUUUCUGAUAUUGAGUAUGCAGAUGAUAAAUACAGGCUCCAUGGAAAACCUCUUCAGCAAUUUCAACAGAAUUCACUGCCUUUACAUCCCUCUGGGUUUCUUUUUUUUUCCCUGUGUACAGGUUGCUGAACUUUCCCAGCAACUGGACACAGAGUCUAAAAAAAGCAUGCAGCUAGAAGCACAAAAUCGAGAUUUGCGAGAAGAGCUGUCUACCCUGCAUGGGAACUGUGAAAAACUGGAGAAGAGCAAAUGCCAGCUGAAAGAAGAGGUGGCAAAACUCCAACAUCACUUGCAGACUAACAUGGUGGAUCACAACCAAAUAGAACAGUAUAAAAGAGAGGUUGAUGAACGAGCAGGCCAAGAAAUAAGACAAAAACUACAAGAAGUCAAUCUGUUUUUGCAAGCACAGGCAGCCUCCCAGGACAGACUAGAACACAUCAGAGCCAGUCAUCAUGCUUCACUGAGAAACCAGCUAAAAGACAGAGAUCUUGAAUGUGAAUUGGACAAGAUAAAAAAUGCCCAACAAGAGAGUACUUCUCCAAAAGAAUGUGCACAGGCAGAAGUGGAAAAGUACAAGGAGUUGUAUCUGGAGGAAGUGAAAACUAGACGAUGCCUAGGAAAGAAACUGGAAAGAGCUAAUGAGAGACUUGAAGAAGCCAAUGCUAAGCUCCUCCGGGAGCGCCAUAAAAUCAAAUCUUUAAUCACAAGCAGCAUUGUUAGCGGAGAUCUGGCUGCAACUCCAGUUCUGUAUUCAACUGCACUCGGACAUCUUGGCAACAAUUUGGGACUGAACAGAAGUCUCAGUCUAGGAGGAAGCUUCCUAAGGCAAAGUGAGAACACAUUAUCCUCAAGAAACAGGGUUGCAGCCUUUGUGGCCAAGGUACAACAGGAACUGGAUGAAAAAAUCACUAAGGAACUCAAAGAAGCCACUGCUGAACUGGAAACUGGAUGUGCUGGAUUCCAAAAAGCCUUCAUGUGGACCAGGAUCCCCUUAGCAGAGCAAUAGAGGAAUACCGUGAUGUUUUAACCAAAAACUACAUGAUUUGAAUGAAAUGCUGUGGAAAGGCUCUGGACACUUUUUGCUUUAUUGAGCAUCUGUGGUUUCCCUUCUCCCCACUUCAGAUGUGAAAACUUGUUUAUUUUAGUCGGAAUAUAAACUCUAUUAAAUGGGUGUCAAGCCCAGUACACUCA